CCAAUUACCGAAGUGUACAUCGAUGUUGGUCUCCAAGUCCAUUGCCAGCCGCGCCGGCUUGGCUUCUGCUGUUGCUUCUCGCAGCUGCCGACCAAGCUUCACCGCGAUGCCGCUCAGAGCCAAAGUCCUGGGCCAGCAGGCCCCAAUCUCGACCCAAGCCGCCGCCGAGUUGUUCAAGCCCGUCGAGGGUGACGAGCCCGAGGAUGUCCUCUUCAACAGUCUAUACAAUCUCCGCUCCGUCGAGCUCAACCGCCCAGCCAAGUACAACGCCCUCAAUGGCUCCAUGAUCCGCAAGAUCGCGCCCCGUCUCCUCGAAUGGGAACGCUCCGACAUGGCCAACGUCAUCGUUAUCAAGGGCUCCGGAGAGAAGGCCUUCUGCGCCGGUGGUGAUGUUGCCGCGCUGGCCAAGCAGAACGCCGAGGGCCCCGAGGGCAUCAAGAAAUCCGUCGACUAUUUCGGCCUCGAAUACAAGCUCAACCACCUGAUUUCCACCUACACCAGGCCUUACGUGGCUUUCCUCGACGGCAUUACCAUGGGAGGUGGUGUUGGUCUCAGCAUCCACGCCCCCUUCAGAAUUGCGACCGAGCGCACUGUCUUCGCCAUGCCCGAGACCAAGAUUGGCUUCUUCCCCGACGUCGGCGCCUCUUUCUUCCUCCCCAGGAUGCCUGGCCAGGUCGGCCCCUACCUCGGUCUCACCAGCGCCCUGCUGAAGGGUGUCCAGGUCUACUACGCCGGCAUUGCCACUCACUAUCUUCACUCGAGCAGUCUGCCCGCCCUGGAAUCCCGUCUUGCCGAGCUUACCCCCCGGGACUACUGGACCAUAGAACAGCGCCUUAGCGUCAUCAACGACACCAUCGAAGAGUUCUCCACCGGUGUCCCCUACGACGAGAAUAUCGAAAUUGGCGGUAAGAUUCGCCUUGCUAUCGACCGUUGCUUCAAGUACGACAAGAUCGACGAGAUCAUUGCCGCCCUUAAGGAGGAAGCCGCUGAAGGCGCCAAGGGAGGCGUUCAGAGCUGGGCCAAGAACACCCUGGAGGAGCUCACCCAGCGCUCCCCUACUUCUCUCCAUGUUACGUUGCGUCAGAUGCGCCUCGGCAAGUCUUGGGGCAUUGCUCACACGUUCAAACGCGAACACCAGAUGGCCGCCAAGUUCAUGAAGUCUCACGACUUCAAUGAGGGCGUCACCGCAUUGCUCAUUGACAAGGGGGCGAACGGACCUGCCAAGUGGAAGCCGGCUUCGCUAGACGAGAUCCCGCCUGGAGCCAACAUCUCUGAGGACUACUUUAGGAACGACCCAGAGGUCCCUGUGUUGGAGCUGCUCAACGACAGAUCCUACAUGCAGUAUCCCUACAACAAGUUUGGCCUGCCCAACGAUUACGACGUCAAGGAGGCGAUAGAGAAGGGCAACUUCACCCGGGAAAAGCUCAUCGACCACUUCGUCGAGACCAGGCGUGGCAAGCAAGGUGUUCGGGAAGCCGUUUCUGACGUCCUCGAUCGUAUGGCCGUGCGGAGCAAGGGUACUGAGCAUGUCCAAUGGAAGAAAGAGUAGAAUGGACAAAGAUGCUAAGGAGUGGUCGGAGAAAUGCUCGUUGUACGAUAACCCACCGUGUUGAUAAUGAUGAUGAUUGCCCCAUCCGGCCAGGCU